AUGGGGGUGGCCCUGGGCCCGGCCCUGCUGCUUACCUCACUCCUCGGGGCCUGGGCAGGGCUGGGCCCUGGGCAGGGAGAGCAGACUGUGACGGUGGCCGUGGUGUUUGGCAGCUCGGGGUCCCCGCAGGCCCAGGCCCGUACCCACCUCACCCCCCAGAGCUUCCUGGACUUGCCCCUGGAGAUCCAGCCGCUGACCGUGGGCGUCAACAACACCAACCCCAGCAGUCUUCUCACCCAGAUCUGCGGGCUCCUGGGGGCUGCCCGGGUCCAUGGCAUCGUCUUUGAGGACAACGUGGGCACCGAGGCCGUGGCCCAGAUCCUGGACUUCAUCUCCUCCCAGACCCACGUGCCGAUCCUCAGCAUCAGUGGGGGCUCUGCUGUGGUCCUCACUCCCAAGGAACCGGGCUCCGCCUUCCUGCAGCUGGGCGUGUCCCUGGAGCAGCAGCUGCAGGUGCUGUUCAAGGUGCUGGAGGAGUACGACUGGAGCGCCUUCGCCGUGAUCACCAGCCUGCACCCCGGCCACGCGCUCUUCCUCGAGGGCGUGCGCGCCGUCGCCGACGCCAGCUACCUGAGUUGGCGGCUGCUGGACGUGCUUACGCUGGAGCUGGGCCCCGGCGGGGCGCGCGCGCACACCCAGCGCCUGCUGCGCCAGCUCGACGCCCCGGUGCUGGUGGCCUACUGCUCGCGCGAGGAGGCCGAGGUGCUCUUCGCUGAGGCGGCGCAGGCUGGCCUGGUGGGGCCUGGGCACGUGUGGCUGGUGCCCAGCCUGGCGCUGGGCAGCACCGACACGCCCCCUGCCGCCUUCCCCGUGGGCCUCAUCAGCGUUGUCACCGAGAGCUGGCGCCUCAGCCUGCGCCAGAAGGUCCGAGACGGCGUGGCCAUCCUGGCCCUGGGCGCCCACGGCUACCGGCGCCAGCACGGCGCCCUGCCCGCCCCGGCUGGGGACUGCCGCGCCCACCCUGGGCCCCUCAGCCCUGCCCGGGAGGCCUUCUACAGGCACCUCCUGAAUGUCACCUGGGAGGGCCGGGACUUUUCCUUCAGCCCUGGUGGGUACCUGGUCCAGCCCACCAUGGUGGUGAUUGCCCUCAACCGGCACCGCCUCUGGGAGAUGGUGGGGCGCUGGGACCACGGCAUCCUCCACAUGAAGUACCCCGUGUGGCCUCGCUACAGUGCCUCCCUGCAGCCCGUGGUGGACAGCCGGCACCUGACCGUGGCCACGCUGGAGGAGCGACCCUUUGUCAUCGUGGAGAGCCCCGACCCUGGCACAGGCGGCUGCGUGCCCAACACUGUGCCCUGCCGCCGGCAGAGCAACCACAGCUUCAGCAGCGGUGACGCGGCCCCCUACACCAAGCUCUGCUGUAAGGGCUUCUGCAUCGACAUCCUCAAGAAGCUGGCCAAGGUGGUCAGGUUCUCCUACGACCUGUACCUGGUGACCAACGGCAAGCAUGGCAAGCGGGUGCGCGGCGUGUGGAACGGCAUGAUCGGGGAGGUGUAUUACAAGCGGGCGGACAUGGCCAUCGGCUCCCUCACCAUCAACGAGGAACGCUCCGAGAUUGUGGACUUCUCCGUGCCCUUCGUGGAGACAGGCAUCAGCGUGAUGGUGGCCCGCAGCAACGGCACCGUCUCCCCCUCGGCCUUCCUGGAGCCCUACAGCCCUGCCGUCUGGGUCAUGAUGUUUGUCAUGUGCCUGACGGUCGUGGCCAUCACUGUCUUCAUGUUCGAGUACUUCAGCCCCGUCAGCUACAACCAGAACCUCACCAGCGGCAAGAGGUUGGGGGGCCCAUCCUUCACCAUCGGCAAGUCCGUGUGGCUGCUCUGGGCGCUGGUCUUCAACAACUCGGUGCCCAUCGAGAACCCCCGGGGCACCACCAGCAAGAUCAUGGUGCUAGUGUGGGCCUUCUUUGCCGUCAUCUUCCUCGCCAGCUACACUGCCAACCUGGCCGCUUUCAUGAUCCAGGAGCAGUACAUCGACACCGUGUCCGGACUCAGUGAUAAGAAGUUCCAGCGGCCACAGGAUCAGUACCCACCCUUCCGCUUUGGCACCGUGCCCAACGGCAGCACGGAGCGGAACAUCCGCAGCAACUACCGUGACAUGCACACCCACAUGGUCAAGUUCAACCAGCGCUCGGUGGAGGACGCGCUGACCAGCCUCAAGAUGGGGAAGCUGGAUGCCUUCAUCUAUGACGCCGCUGUCCUCAACUACAUGGCGGGCAAGGACGAGGGCUGCAAGCUGGUCACCAUCGGCUCUGGCAAGGUCUUUGCCACCACCGGCUAUGGCAUCGCCAUGCAGAAGGACUCCCACUGGAAGCGGGCCAUAGACCUGGCGCUCCUACAGUUCCUGGGAGACGGGGAGACCCAGAAGCUGGAGACGGUGUGGCUCUCAGGGAUCUGCCAGAAUGAGAAGAACGAGGUGAUGAGCAGCAAGCUGGACAUCGACAACAUGGCGGGCGUCUUCUACAUGCUGCUUGUGGCCAUGGGGCUGGCCCUGCUGGUCUUCGCCUGGGAGCACCUGGUCUACUGGAAGCUGCGACACUCCGUGCCCAACACGUCCCGGCUGGACUUCCUGCUGGCCUUCAGCAGGGGCAUCUACAGCUGCUUCAGCGGCGUGCAGAGCCUGGCCAGCCCCGCGCGCCCGCCCAGCCCGGACCUCACCGCCGGCUCGGCCCAGGCCAGCGUGCUCAAGAUGCUGCAGGCGGCGCGCGACAUGGUGACCACGGCGGGGGUGAGCAGCUCCCUGGACCGCGCCACGCGCACCAUCGAGAGCUGGGGCGGCUGUCGCCCUGCGCCCCCGCCGCCCGCCUGCCCCGGCCCGCGGCCGCCCACCCCGGGUCCUCCCCGCGAGCCGAGCCCCACGGGCUGGAGGCCGCCGGGCGAGGACCGCGCCGCACUGGGGAGCAGGGCCGCGCAGCCCUCGGGCCGCCCCCCGACGCCCCGGCCCGCCCUCUCCGACGUCUCCCGGGCGUCGGGCCGGCGGGCCUGGGAAGCGCGGUGGCCGCUGCGGCCCGGGCGGCGCGGGCGGCGCUUCUCGGCCUCCGAGCGGCGUGCGCACCCGGAGCGUCCCCUGUCGCCCGAGCGCGGCCACUACAGCUCCUUCCCUCGCGCCGACCGGUGCGGACGCCCCUUCCUGCCGCUCUUCCCGGAGCCCCCGGAGCCCGAGGACCUGCCGCUGCUCGGGCCGGAGCAGCUGGCCCGGCGGGAGGCCCUCCUGCGCGCGGCCUGGGCCCGGGGGUCACGACCGCGCCACGCUUCCCUGCCCAGCUCAGUGGCCGAAGCCUUCACUCGGCCCAGUUCCGGGCCCGCCCGCUGUGCCCGCCCGGCCUGCGGGCGCUUGAUACCCGCGCAGUCCAUGCGACUGCCGUCGUACCGCGAGGCCUGCCAGGACGGGCUGUGGGCCGGGCCCCCCGCCUGGCCGCACAGACCGCACGCCUGCUUCCAUGCCCAUGCCCACCUGCCGCUCUGCUGGGGGGUUGUCUGCCCUCACCUCCCACCCUGUGCUGCCCAUGGCCCCUGGCUCCCUGGGGCCUGGGGGCCUCCGGGACACAGACACAGGACUCUGGGGCUGAGCCCAGAAUACAGCGGCGGUGGGGAACUGGAAGGGGUCAGCAGGGCGGCCUGUGGGACACACGACUUUCCGCCGCCUUGCACCUGGAGGCGGAUCUCCAGCUUGGAGUCAGAAGUAUGAGGGCUCAGGUCCUCUGGUUCCUGUUCAGCUGGAUCCUCUGCCUGGCGCUGCCAGCAGUUAGAGGGCAGGUGGUCUCCGGCCUUCCUGGCUUCCGUCUUGAAAUCCAACCAAGUGACAGAUGAUAUCUUCACGGUCAGCCCGGUGACCUCAGUGGCCGCAGUCCUGUUGCGGGUUGGGCUUCUGCUAUCUUCUUAUGCAAAUCCCUUCCCACCUGGCCUGGAGUCACGGGGGGAGCAGCGGGGUCUCCCUCCCGUGCUGUGAGCCGAUCCCUGGUCUUUGCUGCUGGGGGCUUGGUGUGGGAGGCAUGGAAGCUGGAACUUGGGGUUGGGGCAGGGCUGACGUGUUUCUUGUUCCAUCUGGCUGGAGUUUUUUUUCUCAGAGUGCUGGGACAUUAAACCAACCUUUUACAACCCACUGGCCCUGACUGCCUCAUUCUGCAUCCCCGGAGGGGGGCACAGGGCAGCCUUUAGGUGAGAGGAGCAUCAUGGGAGUAUCCCAGGUGAGGUGCCUGGCUACAGCAGGUGGGCAGCUCCUUGGGUGGGAGUACCCAGGAAGUGAGGCUGAGCGAAGACUCCGGGCAGAAGCAACUUGGUUUACAGUGUCAGCUCCCUCCCACCCUGGUGCCAAAAAUGACAAAUGUACUCAGCAGGGGGCUCUGGUGGUUGAUGGAUGGCGUUCAUCCUUCAGUGUCCUUGAAAACAAGGACUCACACCAGGGGUCUGUGGGUGCCCUGCCCUGCCAGGGUCCCCGAUGGAAGCCUGACAAUGUCAUGGUGCAGAUGGUGGGGGGAGGUCUGUCUGGGGAAACUGCUGGGCUUUCCUGGCCAGCGGUAUUCACUCCAUGGUGGCUGUGCUGGGCUCAGACUGCCUGCCGGUUCUGGAAGCCUGGCACGGGUGGGCUUCUGGGGUCAGGCACAGCUCAGCUUCGCUGGUGCCAGGACUUCUGGGGCUGGGAGGACCCCCAGGUCAGAGAGUCUGUCCCACAUCUCAGUUCUUUGUCCUCCCUCGGAGGCUCCCAGCCCCACCUCCUUCCUCUGCUUCAUGUCAUUGGCUGUGAACCAUCUAAAAAGAUGGCUCUUGAGUACUGUUUUCAGUGCUUUCACAUCUGUGAUUACAUUUAGCCCUACAAUAACUGAAGCCAGAAUUCUUUCUUCCAUUCAUUCUGCAAACACCGGUGCCAGCAGAGCUUUUCUGACUGUGAGCAUGUGAAGCCUGGGGCCUUUCUGUCCUGACAAUUUGGGUGAAGCAGGGCGGAAACUAACUCUGUGUCGCAGGGAGGAGGCCAGGGAGGGUGGUGUUGGAUGCCAGAGCAGCUGCUGCCUCGUGCCCUCACCCUCACCACUCCUCCCUGCUGGCUUCCAGGAGGCUGGGUUCCCUCACGAGCCUCCAAAUAGUCCACCCUGGGACUGGAGCCAUGAAAACUGGAAAUUUUUUUGGUUUGGCUUUAGGGGUAACAGCAGCCGAAAUAGUAGAGUGGGGGAAAUUUCUAAUACCCCUCCAUUCCCAGCUGGAGUGCCUGACCACCACCAGUUUAGGGGGCCCCCAUCCAUUACAGUCAGUUUCAUUUUCUCUGCCCCAUGGCUUCUCACAGGUUCAGAUCCAGAAUCUGGGAGCUCCACAACAGGUGGUGAGUGUGGGUCGAAGUGAGUGCUAGAGGCCCGUGCCGUGGAAGGGCGCAGCCUGUGGAGGUGAGAGGGUUAAGCAUUGGCCACCAGCCCCUGAUCUGAGCACCUGCCCCUGGAUCUGAGCACCUGCCCCUGGAUCUGAGCAGGCUGCAGUAGGUGAGGCUGGGAGGGGUUGCGAGGUCCAAGCUGCUCUCCGCUCCCUGCCCAAGAUCAUUAAUAACCAAGAACUGGAAAGAUAAUUAAGAACCACAUGUGGGGCUGAGCCUGCUGCUGGCUGGCUCUAAGGAGGGGCCUGUCCCGCGCCCAGGGCCAGGCUCCUGGCUGCCUGGCUCCUUGUCUAGGAAAGUAUUCUGGGGAGAAGCGAGUCUUAGGGGGGAGUGGGGGCAGGAAGGGUGCCUUCUGCAGGUUCAGAUGCCUGCUGCCCCUCUGUGGGAGGACUAGAGAAGGUCCUUUGUCAUCCAGGGGAGGGCAGAAAGCCUGGCAGGGGCUCACGGAGCCGGCUGUGUGGGUGAGCGCAGCGAGGCCAUGGUUAUGUUCAUUCAUUGUAAAGCAGGGUAUGACUGGGUAGCAAACAGCUGGCUGAACCCAGACACCCAAAUGCUGUGUUUUUCUUUUGAUGGGACACACGGGGAGGGAGGCAUUGGUCAUGUCUCAGCUGCAGACAUUUCCCAUUGUCUCACUCCGUUCUUCCUGCUGCCCUGGUCACUGCGUUUCUUCCUCUGUCUUAACUGAGGGGCUCAUCCUCUACACCUCCUCUUUCCUGGGGCCCAAGUGUGGGGAAGAGGGCACGAAGCUUAGAGAGGGGUGGGCAAGAUGGCUUCGGUCAGGAUACCUGAGCUUUGGUUCCGUCUUGGCUCCAGAACUCUCCAGCCUGGGCUGAGUCUGGUGCUGUGAAGGGGGAAGGCUGCCCUUCAGUUUGCAGGGGAAGUUGGGGAGCCAGAGACUCCCCCACUCCCCAGAGCCCUAAA